CGAAGGCCAGAUCUAGCACAAAAGUCCCUCAAAAGAAACUGUGCAGAGAAACUGAUGCUGAUGCAGAGAAAAGGCAAGAUAUGCUGCCAACAACUACUGAAGAACCUGACAAACCAGAACCUAGCAGCCUUUGCCCAGUACAAAAACAGGUGUUAUCUAAAAAGUUUAAGAGUGCUCCGAACAAAGUGUACUAUCAGAAUCAUACUAAGCUUACAACAACAAAUGUUUAAAAAAAAAAGCCAGAACAAAACUAGUAUUUUAAAGUGCAUCUGAAGACAUUUCAUCAAGUAAACUAGGAAAAACGUAGAAAAGUAUCAAACUACAUUGAACAAUAAAACAGUGUACAUACCCAAACAACAAGACAAGUUGCAUGAUAAUAAAUACUCUUGUGUGAAACAGUGUGAUUUGUGAAGGUCACUAGUAGUAAAUGUGCAACUAGUGCUUUGCCAACCUAAAGACGAUAACUCUUUACAACACAAAAUGUUUAAGGAAGUUGAGUGAGUGGUCUUUAUAAUAUAUCAUCUUUGAUGCAUGUGUGAUAGGUAAGGUAAAGAUAAAGGUCAUCCCCAUAACUUUUUCAGGUUGUUGGAGGGGGUGGGUGGGCGUUAGAGGCCUCGCUUUUCUCAGGGCCAGUUUUGCAUGAGGAUGGUGCCCAUCUCCUCUCCCUGGCUGCCUUACCUUCCCCAACACUUUUAUGGAAUCAGGUACCCAUUCCUGCCAGCUGGGUCGAUUGGGGGAAGUUUGCUACUGUAAUCGGAUAUCGAACCUGUGCAUUUUCAGUUCAGACACUAGUGCUUUAACCAGUCGGCUAUCUGCUUCCACGUGUGCCUUAACAAUCCUUAAAAGAUGAUGUUUAUGGCUGCAACAACCCUGGUGGUUGUCUCUUUCCAACCAAUCCCAUACAGCAAAUACAGUGACUGCAUAUAUUCAAACAAGAGAACAAGUUUAAACUGACAGCAAACAGUCGUGUGUUCCAGCCAUUUUCUUCCUGGUGGUUACAUGGGUGGACCUACAACUCUGGGUGAGAAAAGAUGGUUUUAGAUACUUAGAAAUGAGACCUCAUUUAUUUCAUAAUGUACAUUCAUUGUAUAAACAUUGACCAUAGUGACAAAGUAUGUGUUUCUUUUCAUUUAUGUGAACACAAUUGACAUCAGAAGUAAGGAUUUAGUGAGUUACAAUCAAUUUGGAUUUUAAAUGUCUUGGGUACAAAGGCAUUUUGGGAGGUCAAGACAUAAAACCUGAAAAGGGGGUGAAGGGUACAUUAUCCCCCUUUCUUAUGCUUGGAUAUACAAGUUAUGACAUUCAUAGGCCUACCAAAUUGCAUUAGUAUCAUGUUUUAUAAGUUUUUAUAUUGCAUUCCAAAAAAAAAGUCUUUCAACCAGUAAGAUAUUCAGCUGUAUGUGCACAAUUGAACAGAGUGACAUAACAAUGUAAUGUGCAUAACAUUUAAUUAAUGGGUAUGCAUAAAGUGUAAGUGGACUUUGUGUGUCUUCUGGUACACAAUUUAAUGUACCAAAACAUGUUUAUAUAAAAUAUAAUUCAUUGUUUCAUUGCAGUAGGAACGAUGAGGAAGGGGAAAUGUCUUGAGCCAGAAGCAGUUCCUAGUCUUUCCAAGGCCCAUGCUAAUGUUUGAGACAACUAUCAGAAAUGGACUGUAACAUGAUGAUGAUGAUGAUGAUGAUGUAGUUUUAUAGCGCGCCAGUAUCCGCAUCACAAAGAUGCGCUCAAUGCGCGGUGAUCCCAGCAGCCACCAAACUGCAGGUCAAAUGAAAACUUCAAAAAAGUUUAAACAAGUGGACCGAUGACUGUCUUCCAAGACUGACGCUGGGCCUCUUGCAAAAUUCUCCACUGUUAGUCUCGGCAAACUAAAAGAUCAUCAGACUUCCAGAAGAUCAACGCCAAAAUGGAAUUCAACAAGACUUUUGAUGUCAGCAUUAUAAUUACCUUCAAUGUAUGGCUUUCUUGCAUUAUUAACCAAUUGCUUAUUUGCUUUAUUAAUCUGAAAUCUUUCUUAUGGAAUGAUAAAUAGUAUGAGUAUUUGUACUAUAUAUAUAGUAUGUUUAAUAAUUUUAGAAGACAAAUUUAAUGUCUAUAUAUGCACUUUUCUUCGAAGUUCCAUGAGCAAAUUUUGGUUCUCAGUGGAUUGAGACCUAUACAGCUCUGUGAUUGAAGCCUUUGUCUGAGCAGGCUAUAGCAUGAAUGAGAGCCGCUUGACACGAGUCUUGCUCUUUCAAUAUGCCUGCCUGCAGAAGCGAACAAGAAAUCUUGAACCAAGACAUUUGACACUUGCACAGUGGCAUCCUGCCAAGCAGAAAUAUGAACUACCUCUUAACUGUUUAUAUGUUGUUGUUACUCUCGCAGACUCUGCUUACAUAGCCAUUGUGGUCAUUCAUUAAACUAUGAACAUGGCUUAACUCAGAAACUUUUUGCAGACAAGCCUUGUUCUGGUAGUUAACUGAAACAAAUCAUUUACAAGCAGUCCAGUCCAUUAAGACAAGUUUGUGGUCUAACAUAUUUUGACCUUUAGCUUGACUCACGGUAAGAUGCCUUUCACUCAUCCAGUAAAUUUUGUGCCUUUGAAUGCAGUCUAAAAACAAAUGUUUCCAAUUGAUACCAGGAUGACAAAGAAGUCAAUAAUUAGUAAUAUGAGACAUACUGGUGAUUGCCAGCUUUUCUAGUAUGAUGUAUAUCACCAGUAGUAAUUUUUAUUAUUAAAUCAUACUUUCACAUGGUGUGCAGACAUUUUUCUGAUCUUUAAAGUAAAACAAGAUUGGCUUGUCAUUUUGCAGAAGGUGCUUUAUAAUUGAUAAUAUAUAAAAAUUAUGUCACAACACUUGCAUAUUUAAUGUGAUUAUUUGCAUUUAUUUCUGUUAACACAAGCAACAUUUUCUAUGAACUUUAGUAAUAAAGUUAAAUGACAUCUUGAAAUUGUGUGUUAUUAGUGUUAUGCACAUGUAUCUGUUCACAACGUGAGUGCAAAUAGAAAAAAAUUCUAUAUGGUCAAGCUGUUGUCUAUGUACAUGUUCCCUGUAUCAUAACUUUACAAACCCAUGUUUAAUGAGUAAACAAAUCAUAACCAUGAACACAUAAUUUAUUACGAUAUUACUGUAAUUUAUUUAUCUCCAUUUGUCUCUCUGAUUUUGUAAGAGGUUAUCCUAAGUUUUCAUGUAGAUUAAUGUGUCUCCAGUUUCUUGGUGUGUAUGUACAUCAAUCAGUUUUUAUUUUUAUGUUGCAUUUAUUUUUAAACUUAAAUCUUUGAUGCAUAUAUAUGUUCACCCUACUUUAAUCAUAGGCUACAAUCCCAAGUGUACAUUGAAAGCAAGCCCCUCUCUGUCUUGCUUUUACAUUCACAUAAAAACAAAGAUAUAUGUGAAAGAUAUUUUAAUGGCAGUGUCGAGUGUUCAGUUACAGCUGAUACAACUAAAAAAAACUAUAUAAUAUUUAAAUUAUACUGUAUUUGUGGUUAGUCACAUUUUAAUUAUACAUAUAUUUAAAGCAUUUGAACUAAGUGUCGUAAGGGGCGGUACUCUGCUAAGAGGAGUUGCUUCCCUUGUAUGGCAAGCGUUUUCAAUACGGUACCGAGUUGAUAAAAACAGCGAUCACCCUCAAAAGCCGCUGCUUGCGAAAAUGCCGGAAGUGACGAUCGUAUGGUGUGAGGCCAAUCACUUGCUUUCAAUACAAAAUAUGUCUGAGCGAGGGUUUGCCGACACUUGCGAUGCAGAAAAUGUUUCUCAAAAGCGCAACCGUACGGGAAAGACUUGUGCUGUUGCCGAGUGUACGGGAAGGAAUUCGGACGGCAUCAGCAUUCAUUCGUUCCCAUCGGAUCCGUCGCUGAGAAAACAGUGGGUGCAGUUUGUUCGUGUGUGUAGGGCAGACUUCACGACACCGACUCGUAACUCAGUUGUAUGUGAACGACACUUUGCACCAGAAUGCUACCCGGUGACUUACAGACUGAUGAAACAAGAGGGUUUCGUGGUAAGGAAAAAGGAUCUUAUUCCAGGAUCGGUACCCACAAUACAAAAGCAUGCUUUUUCUCAUUCAUCUCGUCAGCUUCAGCACAAAGCUCCAACUUCCUGUGCUGACAGCAUCGUACCUAUCCCGUCUGUGACAACUGUAACCAGUAAUUCAACUCCCGUCGUCACCAGCACUGUCAUUCUCCAGAAAACACUUGCCAGAUUGUACCAACUGCCUGGCAUAAUAAAACCAAGGGGAGCAUAUGUGAAACGAGAGCACCAGGGACUCUCAAAAACUGAAAGAAAAGCUGAGAAGAACUUGGAGCUGUCCAUUGAACAACGUAACAGGACAAACAACCCUUCCUUUCCUGUGAAAAAUAAUGGACCAGUUAGAAGGAAGAAACUUAAGCUAUUACCAAUGGUUCCAGAACGUGAGGAUGACAUACCUGAAAUUUCCCGUCAAAUAAUAAAAGUAGAAGAAAAUUCAGAUGUUGACUCAACAUCUUCCAUAUCCUGUGAACAGGGUAAUCAGCAGUAUAUGGUUGUUGCCAUGGAUGACUUGCUAAAGCCAUACACCGUAAUCCAUCCUGCUGGGUCUAGCACAAAUUUCCCAGGACCAGUAAGUCUGCAAAGAAAGGGAAAUAAUACAAGUGUCCGAAAACAGCUCCAGACAUGGACCCCCACAGGUGACCGACAGUCAGCAGAAUUUCAUUGCACUAUAGAGGUGAAACAAGAGGCCAGCAGUGAUCAAGAAGAAGGGACUGAAUGGACUGACCAGCUAGAGGAUGGUGCUGUGAAGAAAGAGGCAGUAACAGAGCAUUUGUCACCACGUUGUUGUCCUUCUCAUAGGACUUCAAAACCCAAAAGAAAAUUGAGUUGUAAGGCAGUGUUGCAACAACCAAGCUGUGAAGUGCAAAGUUCAAGCAAACAGGAGAAUUCACAGCGUUCGAAGACUGACAUUCAGGAUCAUCACAUCAACAUGAUAAAUCAUGCUUUCAUAAAGAAAGAACCUGAGGAUUUUGAGAUGAAUGCUGAGCCUGUGGCACAUAUGGGUUGUCAUAGCUCUAAGAUUAAAACAAGAACAGAGAUGUCAAAGCCUAGAAGUGAAGAACUAACUCUCUUGAACAUGUUACCUUCUGAUUCUGUUAAGAAGGAACCUCAAGACUUUGAAGCAUUGUGGAAUGUAGAGAUGGUUACACCAAAAACUAACCAAAAUGUUAAAACAAAAACUGAGACGGAGAUAUAUCCUACAGGAAUAUACCACAAUGUGCACUUUGCCAAGCUGAGGUCUGGAGUGUUCCCCAGUGACUCUGCAAAAGAAGUUUCUUGUGUUGGUGAUGAUUCUAAGUGUAGUUAAAUCUUCUUAUGCUUCCUAUUACAAGGAGCUGUUUUAUCCAAAGUAUUUUGAGAACUAUUUAUUUGUAUCAAUGGUUGUUUUAAGACAUUUUAAAAGAAUCUGGACAAUGUUAGUAGUCUCAGUAAAUAUGUCAUCCCAUACAAAAAGAGAGUGCAUAACGUGUCUGUAAUUUAAGUUCUGUAUGAGUGAGCAUAUAUUAUAGGUGAGCCUGUUAUAUGCAAAUUUGGGUGCAUGGUUCUUGAUGAUUUAGUCUAUGUAUGAUUUAUGUAUGUAUGAUAUAUAAGUACUCUGAGCAAAUCUUUGGAAAGGCACUAUAUAAAUCUUCAAUAUUAGUAUUCUUUCAAAAUUGUCAAAUUGGGAUGACCUUUUCUCUACAUCAAGGGUGGGCAAUUAAUUUUCCCAAGGGGCCGGAUGAGAAAGUGGAAUGGUUCUAGAGGGCCGGAUGAGAAACUGGGAUGGUUCUAGAGGGCCGGACUAAUAUAGUUAACUCAGUUUUAUCCAAUACUGUAUAUAUAGUAUAUUUACUGGUGGGCGGCCAGCGGGCGGGCCGGUCAGAGACAGGAGGCGGGCCGGAUCCGGCCCGCGGGCCGGCGUUUGCCCAGGUCUGCUCUACAUCAUUAAAACCAAUUUAGAUAUGUAGUUAUUUCUCUAUAUAUCACAGAAACAUUCUAAUCAGUUGAGCAGCAGCACACAGCCUCUUAUUUGAACCAUAUUUACAAGUGCAUAAAAUUUUUCUUAUAAAUUAUUAAUAGGUUACUGCUUCUCAUGAAUGAGCAUCUGUUUAGGGUUUGUUUGUUUUUUUUUUAAAUUUAAUAUAAUCAACAAAUUGAUCCGGAUGGAUGGAAUAUGUGGGCAAAGCAUGCAGGCUCACAUUUUGAUACAGCAUUUCUGCAACAGAUUUGAACAAAGAAUAAUGCUGACAGGUUUUGUAGUUUUCUUUUUAAUUAAAACUCAUAAAAAACUGAUUACAUUCAGACCUACAUUUCAAAAGCUAAGUUUUUUUAAUACCUUUAUAUGUGCCACCUGUAUUGAGUCCUGUCACUGUAAUUAAAAUUAAGGGUAUAGCUAAAAUAUAAAUGAUGUAUAUUGUUGGAAAUAAAUGUUAAAAUAUAACUGGAGUUCAGCUGUAGUAGACAUGAUCAUGAGAACACUUUACAAAAUCUUUAUUGUUGGUUUUUAUUUUAAUUUUUUUUUAACAAAUCUCUUUUCUAAUUAGUAUCCUAAUAACAGCAGUCAUACUCAGUUUAUCCUUAAUAUUGUUAUGGGGAUAAAGAUUCUGUGGAAAACAAUCAUCUAGCUAUAUGAUAACAACUAUAUAUAGUGACCCUCUAGAGCCAUUUCAUGAAUGAAACAACCGAAAGACAAAUCUUUGAAACACUGAAGCAGAAAAUUUCUUGCAUUUUAAUUCUGGAUAUCUUAUUAACGAAAAUAAUGUGAUCAACGUUCAGCAACUAUUUCGCAGGGUCUCCUUUAGGAACAGAAUAUCAGGAAAGUUUCUUAUCCAGAAGAGGUUUGAUAAACUAUAUUGCAAGAGAAA